AUGAGGAAACAUUUUGACUACCAAACAAUAAUCCUGAUCGUCAUUUGUGCUGUGAUCCUGGCAGCCUUGGUUGUAUUGAUAGGAGUUGUCCUCCGUCUUUACUCCAAAGUAGUCAAGGCACUGGAUGCAGCUAAAAUUGUAGAAGAAACAGACAGUGCUGUGAGCUGUAUUUAUCCAUGCAAAGUCAGCCAUGAGAACAUCCUCCAGGCCAAACCCAUCCCUAUGGAGCCUUGUCGUACUCUCCAGUGCUGUGAUGCCUGCAGUGUCUAUACAGAUGUUGGUGCCCUCCCACCUUGCAUUUGUAGCAUAAAAGAAGGACUCUGA